CUACACUGGAGGCCCCACGAAGAAUCCAGUGCGACAGGGUUACGCCAUCGGGGUCUGCCAGCCACGCACGCUUCCCAGGCCAGCCCGACCGGAUCGAGACGUGGCGGCAGGGCGCACGAAGGUCUUGCUCUCCUUCGGCGGCGCGGGCAUGGGCGGGAGCUGGGCCGGCGACGUGAACGACUGUUGGGAAUACUGCUUCGGGAGGGUGGACAGCGUGGUGAGCCGCUUGGUGGAGAUCAUCGACAGCCAGGGCUUCGACGCGAGCAUGUUCUUAACGCGCCUCAGCGUGCCGAUGGCACGGUGGUGGAUCGACUACGAGUACGACCACACGGACACGUCCAGCCAGUUCCUGAAGGAUUUGACCACGGGGCUCCGCGCCGCGCUGCCCGCCGGGAAGAUCAUUUCCCACGCGCCCAUGGAUGGGGAUAUCGCCGCUGGGGCACCGUACUUCAGAGUCCUCCAGGAGGUCGCCUCCAGCGUCGACUACCUCUUGCCUCAGUAUUACAACGGCCCGCUCAGGCCCGCCAUCGACACCCAGCCCGCCAUAGAGCACAUGGGACACCUCGUGGACGAUAUCUUCGGCGGCGACGCCAGCAAGGUUGUGUUUGGCUUCUGCAUCGCCGACUGCUCUGGGACCGGCAGCAACGUGGACGGCAGCCAGGCCGCCGCCAUCCUCCAGGACGUCGCCGCGGCGUUCCCCGGGCACGGCGGGGCUUUCUUGUGGGCCGCCUCCGACGACGUUGGCUGGUCCGAGCCGGUGAGGCAGGCGCUGGGCUCCGCGCCCAGCGUGACGCCGUUGCCCACGCCUGCGGUGCCGACGCCGGCGCCCACGGAUGCGCCCACGACCUCCCCCUCCGCGUCCGGCGGGGAGCCCAGCGUCUGCGAAGCGGCUGUGGCCCACCACGGCAAGGCCUGGGACUUCGCUGGGCCCUGCUCCGCGUGCCUGGCUGGAACUGCGCGGACGUCCGGCUGGUGGUGGGCGGCGGGGCGUCCGCGGGCCCAACGCCCGCGCCAUCGCCCACGGAGCCGACGUCGCCCACGGAGCCUCCAGAAACUCCGGAGCCGGAGCCAGAACCCGAGCCCGAGGGGAGCAAGCAGCUGGUGGCGUUCGUGGAGAACUGGCUGCCGUGCCCGAGCCUGGACAAGAUUCGGGGCUACGACAAGGUUAUCGUCUCUUUCGCGGUCAGCUACACGUGGAACCCCACGAAGAAUCAGUGCGACCAGAGCUGUACCAUCGGGGUGCCCGCCACGUGCGACAACCAGGCCAAGCCCGACCUGAUCGAGACGUGGCGGCAGGCGGGCACGAAGGUCUUGCUCUCCUUCGGCGGCGCGGGCAUGGGCGGGAGCUGGGCCGGCGACGUGAACGACUGUUGGGAAUACUGCUUCGGGAGGGUGGACAGCGUGGUGAGCCGCUUGGUGGAGAUCAUCGACAGCCAGGGCUUCGACGGCGUGGAUAUGUGGCUGCCUGCGUACGACCACACGGACACGUCCAGCCAGUUCCUGAAGGAUUUGACCACGGGGCUCCGCGCCGCGCUGCCCCCCGGGAAGAUCAUUUCCCACGCGCCCAUGGAUGGGGAUAUCGCCGCUGGAGCACCGUACUUCAGAGUCCUCCAGGAGGUCGCCUCCAGCGUCGACUACCUCUUGCCUCAGUAUUACAACGGCCCGCUCAGGCCCGCGAUCGACACCCAGCCCGCCAUAGAGCACAUGGGACACCUCGUGGACGAUAUCUUCGGCGGCGACGCCAGCAAGGUUGUGUUUGGCUUCUGCAUCGCCGACUGCUCUGGGACCGGCAGCAACGUGGACGGCAGCCAGGCCGCCGCCAUCCUCCAGGACGUCGCCGCGGCGUUCCCCGGGCACGGCGGGGCUUUCUUGUGGGCCGCCUCCGACGACGUUGGCUGGUCCGAGCCGGUGAGGCAGGCGCUGGGCUCCGCGCCCAGCGUGACGCCGUUGCCCACGCCUGCGGUGCCGACGCCGGCGCCCACGGAGGCGCCCACGACCUCCCCCUCCGCGUCCGGCGGGGAGCCCAGCGUCUGCGAAGCGGCUGUGGCCCACCACGGCAAGGCCUGGGACUUCGCUGGGCCCUGCUCCGCGUGCCUGGCUGGGAACAACGUCUGCUACGACGACCCUGAGCAUGAUUCUCAGAGCCUCUGCUCGCAGUGGCCCGAGAACGUGUGGUGCGGAGAAGCGUCGCUCGUGGAGUCUCGCCGCAGCAGGCGCCGGCCGCACGCCUUCCUGGGCACGGCGCUGCUCCAGACCGUGUGCCCUCUGUCGCGCGCUUCUCCCAGCGAGGUGCUCGGGGCCUGAGCCCGGCCUCUUUUGCCCGAUGGGGGUGCCGAAGAGCCCCUCUCCGAGACGUCGCUCCAUUGUUGCCGCCCACCAGUGCCGGCAAGACGUCGCGGCGCACCCGUCGUCGCCCUCUGCCUGCAGCGUCCUGGCAGCGCUCGAGGCAGGAUCCGGAAACAGUGCCCAGGCGAGCUGUCAGGAGAAGGGAAGGAAAGUAGGCAGAUAAGCUCUAUACGGAU